CGCCAUACGUCACUUCCGCCUUUUCCAUCACUCCGACAUUUUUUUUUAUUGUGUUUCUCUUCUGGCGAAUGUCGAAGAUGAAGAUUCACUUAGUUCUUGCAACCAACCUAAUUUUUAGGUCACUGGGGGGAUUCUCCAAUUUAGGAUAAGGGCUAAAAUCAACACCAACCACAAAAGGGGGCAAAAUAAUUGCUUGUUUUAUCCGUUUUUCUUGCUGCGUGUGAAGCUCGGCCAAAUCGUUUCAAUCGUGCAUCGGAUUUCUUUUCUUGUUUCACAUGUUUCGAUGUUGUUUCUCUUGGAUUUCAAUCUACUUCUUCAACGAUCCACUAUUCAUGUAAAUCGGGACGACAAUAUUUCUUCAUUAUAAACAGACACCAAAUAUUUGAGCUAUUUUUUCCCCCUCUUUUUGCAAAGCUCUGCAAUUCCUAACUUUUUUUUCUUUUUGGAAAAAGAAACAAUCAAAAGAAAAGAAAAAGAAAAUAGAAAAAAAAAGAAAAAAGAUCUAUUUUGUGUGAAUUAUUUUGAUUUGAGAUCAGUUUUGUAUAUUUAAUGAAAAGAUGUGGGCUAACCAUUGGGGUUCUUGGCCAUUACAGCAAGCAGCUUAUCAGAAUGUCCCGAGUGAACAAGUUGACUGGGCUGAAUUGGCCAAACAAUGGAUUGCCCAACGCGAGGCAAUGUCAUCAGGGGCUGCUGCUGUUCAAGCAAAUGAAGAUACAUCACAGGCACCUCCCCCUCCACCGCUGCAACAACAGACCCCAUCACAGCAGCAGCAGCAGCAGCCCCCGCCAGCGCCACAAUGCCAGCCACCUUUGCCAAUGCAUCAGAUUUCUCAGACCCCUCCACCUCAGAGCACAGCUCCACCACCACCGCCACCACCCCUGUUUCCACCUCUUCCCCCUGAUGGUAAAAGUUCCGAUGUUGAAACAACAGGCCCCCCACCUCAAAUGAUAUUGGAACAUGUCCCUCCACCUCCCCCACCUCAUACGCAUGCCACCCAACCAAGUGGCAAUGAAAACCAGAACGAAAUGGAUAUCUCGGAUGGAGAGAAUGACACUAAUCGGGACUCAGUCUACAAAGGCCCAGCUUCAAUGCCUAGCCAACCGAUGCCGGGCAACCUUCCUUUAUUAAACCAGCCUCCCCCAAACCAACCAAUCCCUGGAGACUGGAAUUGGAAUAUGACUAACUGGAAUGUCCCUGGCCAUCAAGGCUCAGGACCACCACAGUGGGGCAUGCAGCAUCACCCGGUCUCUGAUCAUAAGGAUAAUCAAUCUUACAAUUACGUUCAUGGCAACAACAACUUUCAACAAAAUUUUGAAUAUCAUCACCAUAGCAACGAACAGUUUCGGUACCAGCAAGUGAGUUUGCCUAGACAUGAACGCAUCCCCAGUCACAGACAUCAUGUCAAUAGUGGAGAAGACAAUUGGAGACAUGAUCAAAAUCAGAAUCGAGGCUACCGAUCAAGUCGUGGUAAUCGUAGCAGGUCACCCCCGAAACCACACAUCCCCACUGCUCCAGUUGAUGAUUCAGGAAUUGAUGCAACAAAACGUAAAAAUUUACCUGCCUGGAUUCGAGAGGGUUUAGAGAAAAUGGAAAGAGAGAAGCAGAAAAAGUUAGAAAAAGAGAGAAAAGAUAAGGAGCAAAUUGAGGCAUUGAAGGCGAAAGAAAAUGCUGAGAAAGAAGCGACAGAGGAAGUAUUAAAAGAGAGAGCUGAAGGGAAACUUGAGGGCAAAGAUGGGUUCUCAGUCAUCAAAAGUCGUUUUGAGUCAGAUGAAGAGGAAACGAGAGGCAGUGAUAGUAAAAGUCUGCCAGAGGAACCAGUUGCGAAAACUGAAAAACGUUCACCUUCACCUGAUGCUUACAAGACUGAAGAAGAAAAAGAAGCCGAAUUGCAAAUAAAAGUGCGAAGAUAUUUGACUGAGAUCCUCUUAGAUGUGACAAACACAGAAAUCGAAGUUGUUGCCAAGGAAGUUUAUUUCAAAGCCAGAAACCGAGCUGCCAAAGCCCCAGCAAAGCAGCUUGCCAACUCCACUGCUUUGGCUUCUUUGUCAACCCUUGGUGUUGGUUCAGACUCUGGCAGUGAUGAGGAAACUCCUUAUAAACCAAGCAAAAUUACUGACAAUGACAGCGAUGAAGAAUCUGACAAUGCACUCCAUGAACGAAUACGACAAAGGCAGCUCUCUCGGCAACAACGCAGAAAUUCUGAUAACAGUAAUUCUGACUCUGAUGGUGGCGCAGAGCCAAGUCCUGUUUCAUAUCGGGAGAAGAUGGCCUCAACUAAUAUUGAAAGUGGUCUUGAUAAAUCCUCAUAUAACAUCCCAAGCAGAAAAGACAAGAAUUCUGGUCAAGAUCUUAGAUCUGAUGACAAUGAAGACAAAAGUUUGGGUGACAAAAUUAGUCUGUCGAAACCAUCUGCUGACAGUGGGAAAGACAAUCAGAAAUUUAUUAAGGAGACAAGAACUGUAUCAAAAAAAGACUUGAAAUCAUGUAAGAAAUCUGGUGUAAAAUCUGUUAGCAGCAGCAGCGGCAGUAGCAGCAGUUCAAGUAGCAGUAGUAGUAGUAGCAGCUCUAGUAGUAGUGGUGGUGGUGGAGGUGAUGAUGAUGAAGACGACGAUGAUGAUGAUGAUGAUGAUGAUGAUGGCGGUGGAGAAGGUUAUUCUGACUCUGACAGUUCUAAUAGUUCGACAGAUUCCUCAAGCAGUGACGGAAGUUCUUCGUCUGGUUCUUCCAGCUCCGAUGAAAAGAAGAAGAAAUUGGCCAAAGUCUUUCACCAUGAGAAGCUGCAGAGUUAUUUAAAGAAGAAAGAACGUGAUGGGAGGUCGAAGCAACACGACUACCCUGAUGGGGGUAAAGUUAGCAAAGAUGAGUCUAAGAGGCGUGGUGGAAGUGGGAGGAAGAGUAGUCUUGACGAUGACAGGUACCGACGUAGUGGCUCUCGAGACAGUUACGACCGUCAACAUAGUCGGGGGUCUGACCGUUACGCUACUAGUGAGAAAUACAGCAGGGAAAGUUCUGAGAGUGGUAACCGACGACACCGAGGGGACAGAUUUUCUGAUGACAAAUACUACCAGAGUAGUCGUAGUGGUCAUCGUAAACCUAGCAAGGAAUAUUAUGAAUGUGAUUUGGUACCGACAAGAGAAGGCAGCUAUAGUAGUGUAGGAAGUUCUACCUCAAAAAGUCGACAGUCGUCUAAGCGGAGGAGAUGUCGGUCAUCCUCUGAGAGCGAUCACGGUAGCAGCCAAAGACAUAAUGCUAAAUCUAGCUAUGACCGGUGGUAUGAACAGCGUUCAGAGCGCUACAAGUAUUCUUCAAGAGAUAGACGUGAUUAUGACAGAAGCGGUAAGAGAUCAAGUGGCAAAUACAAGUCUAGAUCCAGAUCAAGAUCAAGUUCCAGAUACAGAACUUAGAACAGGUGGUAAUUUUUUUUUAUUUAGGUUCCCCUCUCCCUUCCAUCUCUUCAUGACUCUUACAUUGUACAGACAUUUCUUAUUAAAAUUUGUAAAUUCA